AUGUGUCCUGGUACCCAAAGGCUAUGUGGAAAUGAAUUUUGCUACGAUCCAGCAACACAAUAUUGUCCCAAGUCGGAUUCAAUUGUCAUGUGUAUCAAUACAUGUGGACAAGAAUGUUAUGAUCCAGAUUGGCAAUCCUGCAUCAAUGGUAUUUUAUGUGAUAUUGAUGAAGAUGUUUGUGAAGUGAAGUAUGAUAGUGAUAAUGGCAAUUUAAUUGUACCAACACGAGUACAGUGCUACAAGCCACGACUUCAAAUGUGUUUAAAUCAUACGCUCUGCUAUGAUAAAGAUCGUGUUUGUAAUAAUCAAUGUAUCCUUCGCACUUCUUCUUAUCAAAUUUGUGCAAAUAACGGUGUAACACUGUGUAACGUACCACGUCACUAUACUUCGUAUCAACCAAAUCAGAUACAAGCGUGUAAUGGUUCUUGCUAUGAUACCAUUAUAGAACUAAAACAUUGUGUGAAUGGUUCUUUGCAAUGUAUUUACAACUGCUCUGAUAGAUGCUACGAUCCAAGAACACAAGUUUGCGUGAACGGAACUGUUUGUUCUCUUGGGCAAGAAGUUUGUUUGACCAACUAUCGUUCUGAUAAUGGUCAUUCUCUUGAUUUCCCCCAACUCGAGUGUUACAAUCCUUGGUCUUCGAAAUGUAUCGAUAAUGCUCUUUGUGAUAAUAGUCGCGUCUGUAAUGGACGCUGUAUAACUGGAUCUACUGCUUAUAGACAAGUGUGUGCGAGUGACAAACGUACUAUUUGUGACGUUAAGGAUUCUUACACUAGCUAUCCAGUCUAUCGAAUACAAGUGUGUAACGGUACUUGUUUUGAUAUAAGUCUGCAACAAUGCAUCAAUGGAGUUGUCUCGUGUAUAGAUGGCAUGUGUGCCGGCGAGUGUUACGAGUCAGCACAUGUCGUCUGCCUUAACGAUACUCGAUGCCCAGUUGGUAACAAUCUAUGUGACGUACGAUAUAAUUAUAAUGGCUAUCCGAUUGAACCGUCGUACUUACAAUGUUAUGAUCCACGGUUUACAAGAUGUUUGAAUCAUACACUCUGCUAUGAAAAAGAUCUUGUGUGUAAUGGCCAGUGCAUAUCACUUUUUGAUCAUUCCUUCCGAUAUCAAGUUUGUGCGGAUGAUGGUGUAACACUAUGCAACGUAUCGCAGCACUAUACUGCCUAUAAGCCGAACCAGAUAAAAAUAUGUAAUGGCACAUGCUAUGAUACAGGAUAUCCAGCAAUCCGGCAUUGUUCUAACGGUAAUAUCCAAUGCAUCUCGGAUUGUUCCAAUACUUGUUAUAAUGCGUUGACGCAUAUCUGUAUAAAUGGUUUACUUUGUAAGCUCACUGAACGCCUUUGUCCUACACAGUAUGGACACGUUUGUUAUGAUCCACUGAGAUCAAAAUGUUUAAACGAUACACUGUGCUUAAUUUGGCAAAAACGCUGUUCUACUAAUGUGUGCUACGACUCUGCUUCUCACAAAUGUUUCAAUGACACACUUUGUUCAAAUAAUCGUGUGUGUGGUAAACAAUGUCUUGUUAGCGAUUAUCAAAUAUGUGCUAACGAUAGGAGAACAGUAUGUAAUGUGCCUAAGCCAUAUGAUCAUUAUCGACCAGACCAAAUACAACUUUGUCUAGGUGUUUGCUAUGAUUCAUUAACUCAACAAUGUGCACCUCAAAAUAUCAGUUCAUCGAAGGCAACAACAGCAACAGCUUCGUUCUUGCCUAACUCGUCGACUAACAGUGUCUCUGUCUCUCAUGUAACUGUAGCAUCUGACCUUCCAACACGUGCUAGUACAGCACAUUCUUCUGAAGUAACCGUCGGUACUGAAUUGACCUCAAUUGACACUGGAACAUCAUCAAGCAUUCUAUCACAUUUGUCAAACAGUUAUGCUUCCCUAAAUGAAGCAUCAUCUGACUCAACUACAGCUCCUAUACGAAUAACUACAAGUCAAGUCGAAGCACCCUCGACGACUCCAUUGCACUCGUCAGAUAAUUUUGCCUUAAUAUCCGACUCGAACUCGCUGCCAAUGGAUACAAACGUUCCAUCAAUAUUUCCCAGUACAUCUUUUAUGCCGACGUCAGCUUCAUCAAUAAAUCCAUACACCUCAAUCGGUCAGACGUCAACAACACCUUCCCUUCAGGACAAUUGCUGUUCAACAAGCAAAUGUACAAAUGAGGGUGAUUGCUGUACACCACGCAUUGAAUGCCGUUGCUAUCCUCAUACGAAAGAUCAUCAAGAUGGACAAAUGUGUAAAACGAUCGUUAUCGGAACAGUUAAUCAUCAUUCUUUUGUUGCUGCUAUUGCCAUAAAUGAUAAAAAAGUUGUCGUUAUCCGGAACCAAUAUUUCUUCUUCUUCUUGUUAUCUAUACCAUUAGCAUUAUUUCUUAUGGUAUUGAUCACGAUUUCGUUCGUUCUUGUUAUGUAUCGCAAAAAGAUAGCAAUGACUUUCUAUCAUUGGCACCUCUCGAUAAAAUUUUAUAGAGCCGAUCGUCGCCGACUACACUGGGAGAGACACGAGUAG